GUGGAUUGGUAGAUAGCGCCUAGGCUUGGUUGUGGAAUGUUACAGGCUAUACCGGUGCUAGGUUCGGCCUUUCGGGUGCGGAUCGUGGAUUGGAGUUGACAUAUUUAUGCUGCAGAUGGCUGAUCGCGGCUAAUGAGCCCGUUCAAGUGAGACCGAUUGCGGAGUUGGCCUCUGAAGUUGCGUCUCAAAUUGCGGAAAGGAUAGUUCAGGAAAACAUGCAGCGACAGAGGAAACAGGGAAAGAACCUGCCAGUCCCUCAAGCAAAGCAAAACAUAUAAUAGAAGAAGAAGAAGAAGAAAGUCUUUCAUUUUUGAUGAGGAGACUUCAGAAGAAGAGAUCAUCGGUGGUGAAGGCACCACCGCUGGCAGCGAUGAAGAGGAACUCGACAUAGGUUUGUCAGAAUCUUCUUACGAAGAAUUGUUGGAUCUGGCGAUUGCCGAUUGAACUCGCCGACUUAAGGCUCGAAAGAGGUGAAAAUUUUUGCCUACUUAUCCUCGUAGAAUGAUUGUUGAACUUCCAGGUGCGGCCUCUGAAGAAGAAAGAGAUGGAAUUCGCCCUAUCAUUCGUACCCGAUCUCGAACCGUGGGUCAGACUGGAUUAGAAGUUGAGGCGCGCACUAAAUUUAAGUAGGAUAAGCCUACGAUUCUUGAAGAGGCUCGACCUUCUAAACGUCAAAAAAUAGUUUUUAGGCGAAAUGCCAAGCUCUCAGAUCUCGAGACGGAGUUAUUUGGCGAAGCGUCUAUUAGUGAAAAAGGGGCACGUGAGGAAAGCGAAGCUCCAUACCACCUUCCUUCUCCCGAUCUUGAUUUUUUUUGAAGAACCUAGCUUUUCUCAACAAAUGCAUGAUGUGAUGGUCAAGGAACCCGCAUGUAUUAGGACCAACAAAGGUGUUGAUGUAGGACCUGGUCCAUCCAUAGUGGUUUCUAAUCCAGGUACAUUUAAUGCUGGUAAUACGACUUUCAGAUGGCAAUUUUGGGAAUUAAACGAUUCAGAAUCCGUGUCUCCCCUAAUUGUUUCCAUGCUUCUGACCCUGUUAGAAAAAUUACAGAAUGCGCAUGCUAACACUGAGGUUGUGGAACCUGCUGUGGCUGAUGAAGAUGUACCAGUUGAGAGUCCUGGUGAAGAAGAAACCUUGCAUCUCGUGAACAUCGGGGAGUUGGAUGCACCUCUCUCAGAACAAAUAGAAGGCUCUACUAGAUCUGACGACAAAUUGCUUGACGACAUGUUGUUGGAACAAACUCACCAUGAGGCCAUCGAAACAACAAUUGAGGCUACUCUUCUACAAGAAUCAUCAUCGACGCUCGGUCAUCGGCUCUCGAAACACAACUCUCCAUCCCUUCAGAAUUGCCGACUAUAGUGACCACUACCAUUGUUGGGAUUAGUCUGGUUGAACAGGUGGCAAGACCAACUAAAGAAGUCUGUACAUCAAUGACUGUCACGUCCGCAAUAACCCUAACGAUUCAUGCAGCCGGGAAAGCGGGACCGAAUGUGGGUCGUCAAAUUGAAGAACCCUCAGUCGCCAUUGGUGAGUUCUGUUUCGACAUUUAUCUUGAAAAUAUUUAGACCAAAAUUCCUAAAUAGUUACUCUUCUUUUUGGGGCUCUUAGUUCAGCUUUAUGAUCUCGUCAAGUGCUAUUAUGCAAUAAUGACCUAGAUAAAAUCCUUCUCCGCAUGGAAGUUCGUUCUUUCAUCUCGUUCAUGAAUGAGAUGGUUAACAAUCUUCUCCACAACGGGCUUUCUAUAUAUCUCUUUAAGUUAUAUCUUGAUUAUCAAGUGACCUUUCUGAGGAGUCAAGGGUAUUCAGAUCUGGCGGAUGCUAUCACUUCAGAUUUGGCUCGUCUCGAGUGUGAGCUUAAAAAGCUGAAGGAAUUCCAGACUGCUGGAGUCUCUUCAUACGUGGCUACUAAGAUGAAAUCUAGGUUACAAGCGUGGCGUGAAGCUCAAGCAUCUGCUGAUUCUAAGAUUCGGGAAGAAGAGGGUCUUCUUCACCAAAUGGAAGCAGCUUUCGCUGAUAAAUCGGCAACCCUUCGCAAUAUAGAUUCUUCUCUUGCUGUGAAGAUGACGAAGGUCCACGUGGAUCACGCUCGAGAAGUAAUGUCCGAUCAAUUGGCACUCACCAAAGAGAAGGUGACAACGAUGAAAGCAGAAGCCGCGAAGGUAUUGGCUGUUGAUGAGGAGUCAAUGAAGGCCACGCUUUAGAGCGAGCUCAAACAAGCCUAUGCGGAGGAAUUGUCCAAACUUGAACAGCAAAUCUGUAGUCAUAAAUUCAAUGUAGAUUGAUCAUAACCUCUGUUCCUACAGACUCAAUUUUAUUAAUGAAA